AUGGAGCGAUCAUCACCUGCAUGGUUACGCGGCUCAUACAUUUGGACGUGGUUUCGGACCACUCGCAUUUUAGUAGCAUUUUUGCACAAAAUUCUAGAACAAGAUGUCACUCUCACCAAGGAAAUCAGCACUCGCGAAAUCCAGUGGAAGCACAUUACACAUCUUGCACCUUGGCAAGGAGGAUUCUAUGAGCGACUCAUCAAAACGGUCAAACACUCGCUUUAUAAAACCCUUAAAAAAACCAUCCUCAUUGAGAUUGAGGCAUUGCUCAACAGGAGGCCUGCACUCUACAUGAGCUUAGAAGCGUGUAACGAAACCAUUAUUCGACCGAUUGACUUCCUACAUGAAAUUACAUUGAGCUACCCCUUGGAGACCUUCAGCUCGUCUAACGAUGAUCCGUCUUAUCUGCCAUUGGAAGAACAACAACGUAAAAAUUCUGAACCUUUGGAAGACAGACUAACGUCGCUUCGAAAAAAGCAUAAAUAUCAGAUAAAUCGCAGCAAAUCCACAUCUCUUCCACGAAAGGACGACUGUGUCUUGAUAUCGGAUCCUGUGCAAUUAAGACAUUGCUGGAGAAUGGGUCGUAUCAAAGAAUUAGUUCUGAGCGCCGACGGAGACGCCAGGGAAGCAAUCAUUAUGCUCCCAUUAAGAAGGCAAAUACGUAGGCCAGUCAACCUUCUUGUACCGCUCGAGCUAGAAGACAUCUGCACGAAGAGAGACAAACUUUUGCAAGCUGAAAAAGAAAAGAAACAUUUUGGAAAGCAACCCAAUCGGGAUACGCUGUGA